UACAAUUCCACGUACUCAUGGCAGUGUUGAAAUCGUCUCAUGGUAGCAACGGAUAACGGUGUGUGGGGUUUGGAGAAUGACUUGCGUCGAUCUUAUGUAUCAGUUUUAUUCACCUUAUUUUCCGUACAAAUCAGCCAGCGAUGAAAAUCAGAAAUUCGGCGUUCCGUCGAUGUAUGAGAGUCCUCAUGCCGGACAUUAUGUAGAAGGCAGUCCCGGAUCCGAACGGGACGGCGAACCAGCUAAGGAAAAUCAACCAAAAGGAUCUCAGUACCUGAACCCAAACUGUCUCCUACUUACAUACUUCUCUGGAGAUAUUGCCUCCGUUGUGGACGAACAUUUUAGUCGAGCUCUCAGUCAACCAAGCAGCUAUACGAUAGACAGACAAGGGAGCAAGACAUACUCCAGAUCAGAUACAUCCUUAAUGUGCAAUCGGAAGUUACCACCAUCAUUUUGGAAUAGUGCAUAUCAACCGCCGCCAUCAGCUUCCGGUUCCGCUCACAGCAACUUCCCUCUCAGUGCGGACUCAUACUUUCCAUCCUCUCUAUACGGACUCCAUAAAAACUGGCCUUAUUACACGUCACAAGCCCACACAUACGGCCAUCAGGGUCCCCAUGCCUUUUCCUAUUCAAGCAUGGAUUCUGCAAGUCGUCUUAACUCACAUUAUAACUCUCUUAUGAUGCAAAACCCUUCACUCGGCGGACGUAUGGAUUCCAGACAUGCGCAGUACGAUCUUGGCAAGAGCUCGGACGCCUUUACCGCCGCAGGAUACUAUUCUAUGGGGCGCUUCGGGUCAGACAUUGCUUCAACUGUUGGCGUCGACUCGGGGAUCUCAGGUUUGGAUCUUCCUCUACAACAGACGAAGAAAGAGAUGUAUUGGUGACAGUGAAGACGUAUCAACUCAUGCCAAUCACGUGACUUGCCAACGUCUGAUGAACAAAUCUACACGGCAGUGACAGAUUCAUUUGUGGUCUGCAGGAAGAAGCAGUCGGGGUGAUUUCCCUUUGGAGGACACGUGACACGCCAAAUCACGUCGGUGGUUCGAAUGGCAUUUAAAACAAAUCACGCGAGAGCGGCGGAGGCCCCGGUCGUCAUUGCAGACAACCUGCACCAACAAAGAUUGCGCCGCACGUGCAGUGACUUUAAUGAAUUACAUCACAGAGCGCCCAGGGCGUAAAGGGCGCAUGUUUUAUAUGUAUAUAUGCUCAACUUAUUGUAUGAAUGGGCACUUGUAUAAACUGGUGAACAAAUGAGAAUAUAUACCCGG